AUGCGUUCAUUCCUGCUUACAGUGCUGGGCCUGGUGGCAACAUCAUCUCUCGCGGCUCCCAAGGUAGCCGCUCAGGAGGGCAUCAGUGCUUUUGAGGCCGUGAGGAAAUUAAAAUUAGUACCUCAGGGAUAUGUCCACAUCGCGGAUGACGGAGUGGCACGAUCUUACGACGAGAACGAAUCCGUUAUUGACUAUGUUCCCUUGACCAAUGACCAGCUUAAACAGUUGCUCUCGAACCUUCCAGAAGCAUGGCAGAAGGAAGCAGAUCAUUUGCACGCUGUUUUCGAUAAUGUCGAUGGACGUCAAGUUAUAGAUGAGAAACAGUUGCUUGACCCUCCUGCUGAGCUUCGAAAUCCCAUGCCUCGUCAGGCACUUCAGUCUAAGCGCGAUGUCAGCCCUCUCCUAGAGACCGACUAUUACUGCAGAGGUUAA